AUGUGUCGGACUUGAUGGGUUCCAACUAGGGAGAAAUUUUCAUGAGUUGAAUUCAAACCUAACCUUGAAAUCAAAACCGUUGUUCAACCAUCAUUUCACGCAGUGAGUUGCACUCAACAGAAAAUUUUUGGCAACAAGGGAAAAUGAGCAAAGCUAGGAUCUUUACUGCUACUGCACUUCUUCUUAUACUUCACUUGUUAAUCUCUGUAUCUCGAUCAAUUCUUCUUCAACCCAUCUGCCCCCUAAUAGAUUCCCAUUCCCUUUCUUACCCCAAACAACUCUUUAAAUCCUAUCCCUGUCCUCUCUGGUCUUCUUCUUUCUCCCUCUGCCUUCUCCAUUUCCGCUCUCCUCGAAGAUCAACCGCCGCCCUUCGAUCCUACUCUUCAUCGACGGUCAUCAGAACUGAAAAUAAUCCGCUGUUGAAGGACUUCUAUUUCCCGCCUUUUGAUUCCAUCAAGGCUGCCCACGUUCGCCCUGGGAUCCGUAGCUUGAUAAAACAACUCGAACGUGAAUUGGAGGAACUGGAGAGGACAGUAGAGCCCACGUGGCAGAAGCUUGUGGAGCCACUGGAAAGGAUAGUAGAUAGACUGGUGGUGGUAUUGGGUGUUAUUUCCCAUCUCAAGUCUGUCAAAGAUGAUCCAGAGCUUCGCUCUGCCAUUGAAGAAGUUCAGCCGGAAACAGUGGCGUUUCAUCUUAAGUUAGGUCAGAGUAAGGCCAUCUACAAUGCGUUCAAAGCUAUUAAGGAGUCUCCAGAUUGGGACACACUAAGUGAUGCUAAAAAGCGGAUAGUUGAAUCACAAAUCAAGGAUGCUGUUUUAACUGGUAUUGCCCUCGAGGAUGAUAAAAGAGAGAAAUUCAAUAAAAUUGAACAGGAACUGGCAAAACUAUCAAAAAAAUUUGGGGAGAAUGUUUUGGAUGCAACAAAGAGGUUUGAAAAACUAAUAACGGAUAAGAAAGAUGUUGAAGGAUUGCCAGCUACUGCUCUUGGAUUGACUGCAAAAACUGCAAUGUCUAAGGGUCAUGAGAAUGCUACUGCGGAGAAUGGACCAUGGAUGAUUACGUUAGAUGCCCCAAGUUUUAUGGCUGUAAUGCAGCACGCUAAAAAUAGAACUUUACGCGAGGAAGUAUACCGUGCCUUUGUAAACCGUGCAUCUACUGGAGAUCUUGAUAACACGGCAAUAAUUGACCAAAUUCUGAAGCUUAGGCUGGAAAAGGCUAAACUUCUUGGGUACAAUAACUAUGCAGAGGUAAGCAUGGCUACCAAGAUGGCUACUGUUGAAAAGGCAGACGAGCUUCUUGAAAAACUUCGCAGUGCAUCAUGGAAUCCUGCAGUUCAAGAUAUGGAGGACCUUAAAUACUUCUCAAAAAAUCAAGGUGUUCCAAAAGCUGAUAAUUUGAGCCAUUGGGAUAUCGGCUUUUGGAGUGAGAGGCUUCGUGAAUCAAAAUAUGAAAUAAAUGAGGAAGAUUUGCGUCCUUACUUUUCAUUUCCUAAAGUAAUGGAUGGUCUUUUCAGUCUUGCAAAUAAGUUGUUUGGAAUCAAUAUUGAGCCUGCUGAUGGUUUAGCUCCGGUUUGGAAUGACGAUGUUCGAUUUUACCGUGUCAACGAUUCUUCAGGCAGCCCAAUUGCUUUUUUCUACUUUGAUCCAUAUUCGCGUCCAUCUGAAAAACGUGGAGGAGCAUGGAUGGAUGAAGUAGUUGGUCGAAGUCGUGUCUUGUCACAAGAUGGUUCCUCUCCUAGGUUGCCUGUUGCCCACAUGGUGUGCAACCAAAUGCCACCUGUAGGGGACAAGCCAAGCCUUAUGACAUUUCGUGAGGUUGAGACUGUCUUCCAUGAAUUUGGUCAUGCACUUCAACAUAUGCUAACAAAGCAGGAUGAGGGUUUGGUUGCUGGGAUACGAAACGUUGAGUGGGAUGCUGUAGAAUUACCCUCUCAAUUCAUGGAAAAUUGGUGCUAUCAUAGAGAUACAUUGAUGAGCAUUGGUAAGCAUUACGAAACAGGAGAGAGUAUUCCGGACGACAUAUACAAAAAGCUUCUUGCUGCUAGGACCUUCCGUGCUGGCUCCCAGAGUCUUCGUCAGAUUAAAUUGGCAUCUCUCGAUCUUGAGUUGCACACCAAGUAUGUGCCAGGUGGUUCAGAGUCUAUCUAUGAUGUUGACAGAAGGGUUAGUAAAAGAACGCAAAUACUUCCUCCACUUCCAGAGGAUAAGUUCCUUUGCAGUUUCAGUCAUAUAUUUGCAGGUGGAUAUGCUGCUGGAUACUACAGUUACAAGUGGGCAGAGGUGUUGUCUGCUGAUGCUUUCUCAGCAUUUGAGGAUGCUGGAUUAGAUGAUGACAAGGCCGUGAAAGAAACAGGACAUAGAUUCCGAGAAACUGUACUUGCUCUUGGAGGUGGAAAAGCACCUGUUGAGGUUUUCAUUGAAUUCCGAGGGCGGGAACCUUCUCCAGAGCCACUUCUUCGGCACAACGGGUUGUUGCAAGUUGCAGCCUCUCUAUGAGUUUAGGUGCUUUAAUUUCACAAUCAAAGUGUACUACACCGGAAAAUAAUUUCAGGCUAUACCUGCAAGGAAAAACAGAUUUAGGCUCUAUAUGGGUGAUCUUGGUUUGGAACCCUCGCUAACUAACAUUAGCUGCAGAAUCUGCUUGUCUAGGACUCGAUUUUGGUACUAGUCCAUAAUGAUCAAAGUCGACUCGUGAUCCUAUGAGUGGAGCAAAUUUAGUAAAGCUACUGGUACCCAUAUCAGAGAAGUGUGCAUAUAAGCUCUCCAAAAGCCAUUGUUUUGUAUUAUGGUGUUAUAAAAUCAAUUCAGAACAUUAAUAAAGUGGACUUCUCUUUCCAUGCUUUUAA